GAUUGAAAAAUUGUUUGGAUUUUCGCAUUUUUAGGCCGGUGUUGGAUCAGAACUUGUACUACAUUGGAAUGAAGUCCACAUCUGCAACAUUUGCAUCUGCAAUUGUCAAUGUUCUCCCUGCCAUCACCUUCAUGAUGGCAAUUAUUUUCAGGUUGGAGAAGGUAAACCCAAAACAAAUGCAUAGUCUAGCAAAGAUCAUUGGAACAGUAGUAACAGUCUCAGGAGCAAUGGUCAUGACAUUUUACAAAGGCCCUAUCGUCGAUUUCUUAUGGUACUCAAAAGGCGGUAGCCACCAUCACCAUGGACCCACUGCUGACUCGGCCGAUCAUGAACAUUGGGUUGGUGGUACGAUCAUGUUGAUUUCGUGUAUUGUAGGAUGGUCAGCCUUCUUUAUUGUUCAAAAUAAGACGCGGAAGGAAUAUCCGGCCGAGCUCUCUCUUACAUCUUUAGUUUGUUUCAUGGGCAUGGUAGAAGGUGGAGUGGUGGCGUUGGUAAUGGAACGCCAUACAAGUGCUUGGGCUAUUGGUUUCGACUCGAGACUUCUAGUUGCAGCCUAUUCUGUUCAAGAUAAUUCUAUGAUGUCCAUGACAGGGGAUUGUUUGCUCAGGAAUUGCAUAUUACUUGCAAGGUACUGUGAACAAGGUACGAGGUCCAGUGUUUGUGACAGCGUUUAG